AUGCCGCUAGGGCUUGUGCUCUCCGUGCUAGCCGUCAAAGACGCUAUCGUCUGCCAAUCAAUUGUGGCGAGCAUCGAGAUGGUGGCAGCGGGUGAUAAAAUCGGUAGUGGAUCGUCAUCUCAAGACUAUCUGAGCACUGUAGAUAGUGAGCUGUCGUGUAGUAAUAGCACCCAGUAUCAGCAAACCCAAGGCGCCGGAACGUUGCCUCAAGAAGUGGUUUGCCGCGGUGUGAUGAUGCUCGCCCGCGCCCCGGCGAGCCCAUGUCCGAUUCCGCUCCGAUCACCAUUCCAAUCUCCGCGUAGUGUUACGCAGGCCAUCAGGUAUUUCGUGUGUUAA